AUGCAACAAAAAGAAAAUACCAGAAAGUGGAAUGUUGAAGCAUCAAUUGCUGCAAAGAACACUGUUAAUCCAAUUAGACAAAUAGUAGAUAAAAUGAAUUAUAAACCAAAUCCAAAUAAACCAACUAUACCAUUAUCAAUUGGUGACCCAUGUGUAUAUGGUAAUCUCAAGAUUUCAGAUUACGUUGAUCAAUUAUUAAUUGAAAAUAUUAAGUCUGGUAAAUUUAAUGGUUAUCCACCAUCAACUGGUUAUGAAUUUGCAAGAGCAGCAGUUGCAGAAUAUGUACAAACAGAAACAUCAAAAUUAAAUUCAAAAGAUAUCAUUAUUGCAUCAGGUGCAUCAGGUGCAAUCGAAUUAGCAUUCAGCGCAAUUUUAAAUCCAGGAGAUAAUAUUUUAAUUCCAAAACCAGGUUUUUCAUUAUAUGAAUGCACCAGUAAAUCUAAAGGAUUUGGAAUAAAGUAUUAUAAUUUACAGUCACAAAACAAUUUCCAAGUAGAUCUCGAACAUCUUAAAUCAUUAAUUGAUGAUAAGACAAAAGCUAUCCUCGUAAACAAUCCAUCCAAUCCAUGCGGUAUCGUUUAUACUAAACAACAUUUACAAGAUAUUUUAGCAGUUGCUGAAGAGUACUGUAUCCCAAUUAUUGCAGAUGAAAUUUAUGCAGAUAUUACAUUUGGUGAUAAUGUAUACUAUCCAAUGGCCUCUUUAACAGAAACUGUACCAGUACUUUCAAUUGGUGGUAUUGCCAAAAGAUUUGUUGUUCCAGGUUGGAGAUUAGGUUGGGUUGCUAUCCAUGAUCGUCAAAAUAUUCUUACCAAUGCUAAAAUUCCAGAUGCCAUCAUAUCUUUAAGUCAACUUAUUUUAGGUUCAAAUUCACUUAUACAAUCAGUAUUACCACAAAUUUUAGAUAAAAACAAUAAAAUUGUUCAAGAUUUCUGCAAUGACCUUGCUAAGACAUUGGAGACACAUUCAAAAUUAACUAUUGAUAUGUUAUCAAAAGCUCAUGGUUUAAAGCCUGUUCCAUCCUCAGGUACAAUGUAUCAAAUGAUUGAAAUCGAUGUAAAUGCAUUCGAAGAUAUUGCAGAUGAUAAUGAAUUUGUUGGUAAAUUAUUAUCAGAACAAAGUGUUUUCCUCCUUCAAGGUUCUGUUUUUCAAAUUCCAAAUUUCUUUAGAGUCGUUUUUUGUGCACCAGUUGAUAAAUUAACUGAGGCUUACGAAAGAAUUAUUGAAUUCUGUCAAAUACAUAAAAAGAAAUAA